CGUAGUUCCUACAAAAAUUUGACCCAAAAAACAGGAAAGAAUUCAAAGAAUACUGCGUAUCUUUGCCACUUGGUUUCCUUUUUCAGGCGAUACUGUACGCAGCACACCCGCACGUAUUUCACUCCAUCAAUUCUCUCUUUCUCCUCAAAGCUCUUACCUUUUUCAGUUCUCCCUCACGCCAGAGUUGUUGGAUUGCUUUUAUUCCAUCUCUCUGUUAAGCAACUGAUAGAUAUAUUGUUUUGCGUUGUUGAUUCGUAAAUUGAUUGCCUUUUGAUUGAUCAAGUAGUACCGGUUGUGCUCGUCAAUUCAGGGUUUGGAUUUCGAUUUUGGCGUUUCGGAAUAGAUAAUCGAAGGAUGUAGUUGAACAAUACAGCAGCUUUCUCGAUCGAAAAUCUUAGGUUUCUUUUGGUGAUUUUAUUUUGGUUUUUGGUUGAGUAGUACAGUUGAUCAUUGUGUUUCUACCUGUUGGAGUGUUAGAGGAUUUGACCGUUCUGUAUUUUCACCAAUUUUGUAACUCCAAAUCCGAGUGGCAAUCGGGGUUCUGGGCGUUGAAUUUUGUUCUAUAUACUGUUCGAAACUCGGUUCUUUAAUCGCCAUGGAAGCUCUUAUCGGCGAUAAGUUUAAGAUGGUGAGGAAGAUUGGGAGUGGCUCUUUUGGUGAGCUUUAUCUAGGUAUCAAUGUACAAAGUGGAGAAGAAGUUGCCAUCAAGUUGGAAUCAGUCAAGACCAAACACCCACAGCUUCACUAUGAAUCAAAAAUAUAUUCGCUUCUCCAGGGAGGAACCGGUAUUCCCAACCUUAAAUGGUUUGGAGUUGACAAGGAAUACAAUGUUAUGGUCAUUGAUCUUCUUGGUCCUAGUUUGGAAGAUCUCUUCAACUACUGCAAUAGAAAGUUCUCUCUAAAAACCGUUUUGAUGCUUGCUGAUCAACUAAUUAAUAGAGUUGAAUACAUGCACUGUAGAGGAUUUCUACACCGUGAUAUAAAGCCAGACAACUUCUUAAUGGGCUUAGGUCGCAAAGCAAAUCAGGUUUAUGCAAUAGACUUUGGCCUUGCUAAAAAGUAUAAGGAUCUCCAGACUCAUAAGCAUAUACCAUACAGGGAAAACAAAAAUCUGACAGGCACAGCUCGCUAUGCUAGUGUCAAUACACACCUUGGUGUUGAACAAAGCAGGCGGGAUGAUUUGGAGUCAUUGGGUUAUGUACUUAUGUACUUCCUCAGAGGAAGCCUUCCUUGGCAGGGAUUAAAAGCUGGUACUAAAAAGCAGAAAUAUGACAAAAUCAGUGAGAAGAAGAUGUUAACUCCUAUAGAGGUGCUGUGCAAAUCAUACCCCUCCGAGUUCAUUUCAUAUUUUCACUAUUGUCGAUCAUUGCGCUUUGAAGACAGACCUGACUAUUCUUAUCUGAAACGGCUUUUCCGCGACUUGUUUAUUCGCGAAGGUUAUCAAUUUGACUAUGUUUUUGAUUGGACAAUUUUGAAAUAUCCUCAGAUUGGCUCCAGUUCCAGAGGGCGAAAUCCUAUUGGAUUAAGUGCUAGGCCAUCUGCAGAAGGACCGGGAAAGACAGCAGGUCUAGAUAUUCGGGACAGGUUUUCUGGUGCUGUUGAAGAAUUUUCUAGGAGAAAUGCUUCAGGUUCUGGUCGGCAUGGUGAACACUCGAGACACAAAUCAGAUGAUGUACCUUUGUCUAAAGAUGUGCAAGCCAAUUCAGAGAAAGGCCAAACUUCCCGAAAUGGUAGCUCUUCAAAGAGAGCUGCGAUUUCAAACACCCGACCAAGUUCUUCUGCUGAAGCUACUGAUGGUCACUCUAGCAGAAUAGUGCCGAGCAUUGGCCGUUUGUCUUCCACGCAGAAACUCAAACCCGAUGGCAAAGUUAAACCAUCAUCCUUCUUCCGUACUGGACUCUCAAAGAGCACUCGAGAUGAUGCUUUUCGGAGCUUUGAGUUCCUCUCGUUAAGGAAGUAGAUACAUUUUAAAGAGAAAUACCUCUUUCUCUAAGUUGGUGUUCAGGCCUGCUCAACAUGUAUCAAUGCAAAUUUCAAAUGUGUCUCUGCUGCAACCGGAGCCUCUUCUGUUGCGUAUCAAUGUCUCGUUUUGUGGCCAUUGCGAUGCGCUUAGAAAACUCAUCCAAGGAAAUAAUUUGAGUAUAGCAUAAGAGCUCUCAUGUAUUGUUGUAAUAAAUAUUGUUUAUGUAUCAAAAAUGUUGUGUACUUUACCUAUAAUCUGACAGGACAUUAAAGUUGAAUGUAUCUCACCAUGUUUCUUGUUGAAUUAAGCACCUUUUCCUAGUGCCAAA